GCAGGCUCCGUGGGGGCCGCUCCGGUGACCGUUGCUCUGUCUUUGCAGGGGGGACAAUGGAGACUCUGCUGCAGCUGGCAAGAUGGGGCCUCUUGGGCCGUAGCCUCUCCCUGGUCCAGACCGCGAGGAGCCUCCACUGUGGGGUCGCCAGCUGGAUCCAUGUGAAGUUGCCCCCUGAACCUAAAGAGGUUGAUCGCUGGACAGAGAAACGAGCCUUAUUUGGGGUCUCGUUUCUCUGCCCCGCCCCCUUCACCCCUUUGGGAAUUCUAGGAGACUUCCAGGUUCACCCCAAGGACUUGAUCAUAGGGCCCAGCUGGCUGCGAGGCUGGCGGGGAAAUGAGCUACAGAGAUGCAUCCGCAAGAAGCAAAUUGUAGGUCAUCGAAUGUUUGAUCAGGAUUACAAGAACCUUAACAAAAGGAUCAGGUUCCUGUACAGACGCUUCAACCGCACUGGAAAGCACCGCUAGGAGCAGACCUGUGAGAACUCUCCAUGUGCAUCCUGGAAGGAAUGGCAUCCUGGGUGUAACAGGUUUAGCACCUGGAGCUGUGCACAUAUUGGGGUGUUGUAAAAUCAUAAUAAACUGAGUUGCUCUUCUACAACUACCUUCUACCUUUGAUCCUACUUGAAGCUCAGUUCCGACCUACAGACCCUCCUGCUUGUCCAGUCCUGAGCUACCUUUGCUGAUUAUUUCUU